UUCAGUUCAGUUAAAUGCGCCGACUUGAUGUUCCUCUGCAUGAAACGUGUCUUCAAAUUGAAAAUUUAUAUUUCAGGAGAAGAAAGAAAAACGUCAUCUACAAAGUGAAAAGAAGUCCCCCCACCAUCUCUGAACUAGUAGCGAAGUUCGUCGAGAGGAGAAACUGAUUAACGAUUGGUGUGAUUUGAAAGAAACACUCUUCUGAUAUGUCAUCCGGGAAAAAGAUGCAAAUCUUUUCGCAGUUCAAAUGGAGAAUAGGCAAGAAACAGAAAAAGGAGAGAAAGAAAUCUGUGUCUCAAGAUGAUAUAGAUUGUGAUUUCAGUCAAUUUAAACAAGAACCCGCGUCGUUUUGGAGAAGCAGGUCAGAAGAUUCGGGGCUGGACUUAUCGAGCCCUACUUGCCUGUAUCAGAAGAGGGCAUCAUCUGACGUACAAGAGGACAACUCCGAACACAGCAGGUACACCUCAAACAGUUCCAGCCUCUACUCUUUCUUGUCGUGCGACAGCAGAUCGGGACUGUACGAACGAUCUCUCAGCUGUGUCGCCCUCUCGGAUGGAGCGAGUGAAAGUAAAAUGGGGCUGUCCCCCAUAGAUGAUGAAGUCUUCGAGAUGAACAAUGUACCUCCUUUACUUCGUGCACCUCCAUCCCCAAAACUAUCGGGCAACUUUGCAAAGCUGACUGUACUCGCAAAGGCCGACCCCACGGUCACUGAUGUCUACAAGAGUAAGAUAAAAAAAGAUGGCUGUGAAAUAACUUCAAAUAACUGGUGUAAGAAAACCAAAUGGAAUACGACAGAGGAACCUGCAAUCUUGGAGAAAGUUGGGCGCAACAAGCUACUCAGCCAAAAUAAGCUGGAGACCAAGUUCAGACCCAGCGCUUCCAGUGAAGAGAUGAGAAUGGGAAUGCUGUUCCGAUUGUGCAGCUUGAUGGAGAAAAUUACUGAGCUGGAGAGAGAACGUCUGCAACUUCUGAAGCAAAACCAUGAACUUCAGGACCAACUAUCUGAAAGUCAACGAGCUCAAGUCAUGUUUCUCAGCUGCUGUACCUGCGUUGCUGGGCCUGGACUGAAUGCCCCUCAAACUGGCACACAACCCACCAGCCUCGCCAGGCCGCCAGUGACAAGGAGACAUCCGACACCACAGACAGGGAGCGGUCGAGUUGCCUUUGGGUCACCUCCAGAAGUCGACGUGGAGUUUGAGUUUGGAUGCUCUCAGCAGCUACAAGAUGACGUGGUUUACACACCAGAAACGCCCGCUCGUGGGACUAUUAACGUGUUACACCACAUGUGUGUUAGUCACGUGUGAGGGUCAAUCCUCUCGGCAGCACAAGUGGAAACUGCGAUUGAUCGGUUGUCUUCGUCCAAACGUUGCUUCAGUUGUUUGUGAUGCCCGUUGGUCUACGAUCGGGUGGAAUAUCAGCUGCACCCUCUCUCCCCUGCUGAGGGUUGUACAUUCAUUAUAUUAUUUAGACACAAGCAACUGCAGAUGCUGCUUUACCAAACAAAAGUCGUUUCGCUUUUCUAUGGUGUUCACACUGAAUUGGACCCCAUAUAAAUGAAGACCGAGAUAAAAUGGUGGAGUAACUCAGUGAGUUUGGGUGGCAGCGGUAGAGUUGCCACCUUACAGCGCUUACA